GUGUGGUUAAACUUCAGCGGAUGUUCAUUUCAGUUCUGUUCAGUGUUGGAUUUGAUGGAUCUGAAUCUUUGUGGCUUCUUCAGAUCUUCACUCUUCAUCAGGUAUCUCUUUCACUAAGCAGUUGCACAUGCGACUGCAUGGCAGCCAUGUUUCAGAGGGCAGUGUGGGAUCAUCAGUGACUGAGUCAUGGCUUCCCUGGUCAACAAGGCUCACUGGCAGUUCCUGGGCCUGGUGAUGGCAGUACUGGCACUUAUCCUGACGGCUGCCACAAGCGGAAUGAACGACUGGCGAGUAUGGUACGUGGAGGACAUGUCGGUCUUCAGCGACAGCAUGGUCUGGGUGGGUGUUUGGAGAGCCUGCUUCUACAGCCAUGUUCAUGACACCUUCGAGGUUUGCCAGAGCAUCAGCAUCACAGACUCUUUCGUACCUCCGGAGAUUGCUGCGGCACAGGUGCUGUGCAUGAUUGCCAUUCCCAUGGGAAUUGCUGCUAACCUGUUAGCAGGAUACGCCGUGAGGCACGUGUACUUCAACGUAAACCCCAACCGCAUCACAUGGGUCUUCUCAUUAGCCGGAGCCUUGUACCUCAUCACAGCAACAUGCUCACUGGUUCCUGUCAUUUGGAAUACGCAUUCAGUGCUGGAAAAUCGUACUAUAGACUUCCCCCCAGAGUUCUCUCUGCCUGCUGCCCCUCACAGACAGGUGGUGGGCCUGGGCGUUGUAAUGGGGUUCGCUUCCUCACUCAUGCUCAUCGUCAGUGGGCUCCUUUUCUUGGUCUACAGGCAACCAGUUAAAGUCCUGCAGAAACCUAGUUCUGAAGCUGAGGAUACAGAGGGACAAAGUAGGGGCAACACAGACGGCAGGACUGAUGAGUUUCUUGGUGCAAUAGCAGAGACAGGGGAGGAAGGAAUUGAUAACCCAGUGUUCAAAGCUGAGGAGAAAGCUUAAUUUCAUCAUAACUGCCAAUUCUGACACAAAAAUGUUGGGAGUGGACAUCUACAGUACAUCCACAUUGAUGAGCGCAAAAUGAUGCAGCAUGAUGGAUUGGUGGCCAGCAAUCCUCGCAGAAUCUGGGUUUUGGGUUCAAGUCCAUACCAGGGUGAAGUUUCCAAGUUCUCUCCCUGUAGACUUGUGGAUUUCCUCCCAAAUUCCAGAAACAUAGAAACAUGUCCUGCUGUUUGUAUACCUGUGUGCCCAGAUAUGCAUUGCCACUUCUGCAAAUCUUGGAUCAGUGUGGUCAUUUCCAGUUGAGAGUAUGCUGUUCAUGAUUGGCUGCUUCUUCCUCCUGGUGUGUAUUGGUUGAGUGAUAAGUGUAAAGAAUUGUAAAUCUGUAAAAAUGUACAAAUAUGUUUGAAAUAUCAGUCAAAUCUAAGUAUCUGUUCGUUUACAAUCAUUGUAUCAUUGUGCAUUUAUCUGCUGAUACACCAGAAAUCUUCCCUUCGUUACUUGUUAAAAGGUUUCAUUGUAAAAUAUAAAACAUGAUUUAUACUGUACAUUUCAGAAAAAUAUUUUUAAUGUUCAUGUAUCAAAGAAAACCAUGUAAAUUUACUACAUCGUUUGAACGUAGCAGCUGUUCUUCACAUUGUGUCAGAAUUUCAAAAUAAAUGAACCAAUUCACCUUA